CUUCUCCUCCGGGUUGCUGAAGUGGGAACGCGGGACCGGAGCGCUCGGCGGCGGCGAGCGAGUAGGGGCCGCUCCCAAGAUGCACAGCCUUGCGACGGCCGCGCCUGUGCCUACAGCAUUGGCCCAGGUGGAUAGAGAGAAGAUCUAUCAGUGGAUCAAUGAACUGUCCAGUCCAGAGACAAGGGAAAAUGCUCUCCUGGAGCUGAGUAAAAAGCGUGAAUCUGUUCCUGACCUUGCCCCCAUGUUAUGGCACUCUUUUGGUACUAUUGCAGCUCUCUUACAGGAAAUUGUAAAUAUUUACCCGUCUAUCAAUCCACCUACCUUGACUGCACAUCAGUCUAACAGAGUUUGCAAUGCUUUGGCACUAUUGCAAUGUGUGGCAUCACACCCAGAAACCAGGUCAGCAUUUCUUGCAGCCCACAUACCCCUGUUCUUGUAUCCCUUUUUGCACACGGUCAGCAAGACUCGUCCCUUUGAAUAUCUUCGUCUCACCAGCCUUGGAGUUAUUGGGGCCCUGGUCAAAACAGAUGAACAAGAAGUAAUCAACUUCUUAUUGACGACAGAAAUUAUCCCUUUAUGUUUGCGCAUUAUGGAAUCUGGAAGUGAACUUUCCAAAACGGUCGCCACAUUCAUCCUUCAGAAGAUUCUCCUGGAUGACACUGGACUGGCCUAUAUAUGUCAGACGUAUGAGCGGUUCUCCCAUGUCGCCAUGAUCUUGGGUAAGAUGGUCCUGCAGCUGUCUAAGGAGCCUUCUGCCCGUCUACUGAAGCAUGUGGUCAGAUGUUACCUUCGCCUUUCAGAUAACCCCAGGGCUCGUGAAGCACUCAGGCAGUGCUUGCCUGACCAGCUGAAAGACACCACCUUUGCCCAGGUGCUCAAAGAUGACACCACUACCAAGCGCUGGCUCGCACAGCUGGUGAAAAACCUGCAGGAAGGCCAGGUCACUGACCCACGAGGCAUCCCCCUGCCCCCUCAGUGACCUUCCCCAUUCCCUCCCGCUGUCCCCCAGCCUGGGGCAAAGGAGGGAAAACCAUCGAGGAAAGCAGCUCAGGUUUUACCGCUGACCUCAACGCCAAACCGCACUGGAGAAAAGGGACAAACCCCACUGAGGCGUAUGGGUGCCAUCCUGGACUACCCUGAAGAUCUGGCCUCAUUCCGCUGCUCCAAGGAAUAGGUUCCCCUCCCAGCACCCCUCACAGCCCAAGGGGGUUGCGACACCAGCAAAUGCAGUAAUACAGCAUGCCCAAGACUACCCUCCUCCCCUACAUUCUCCUGUUCCCUGACAGGGAGGGGAUAUAGUAACAGCAGCUGCAGCAUAGGGCAUGGUGGAUGCCUGGGACCAAGCCAUGUGGCAUUUCCCAUUUUUGCCUUUCUGUAAGACUAGAGACAUGUCUCUUCAUUCUCAGUGGUGUUUUUUGUUCUUUUUUUCCUCAAGGAGAGAGGUGUAAAUCGUGGGCACAGACUGAGAUGUUCAGCAAAACAUUGUCACUUGGUACUGUUUACAAGUCUUUUAGCUGCACAAGCUAAAUUAAAAAGUUGGUCCAGGCAUUAAUUAGAUCCCCUUUGGCAAGCCAGUUAUAAGCUGCUUUGAGCCAUUUAGAGGUAGGGGAAGGGUGGGAGGGGUGAGAAACAAGGGAAAAGCCAGAGGACAGUAGACACCCACCAUCAUUAUUGCUCCCUAACCCUAAACUCGAGUGCUGCUGCCUGCCCACCCACCCACCCUUCUCCUCCCACUGCUUCCUCCUGUUAGGAGGAACUUCCCCUCCAGUGAUAGGCCUUGUUUCUGGCUUCAGCUGCUGUGUCUUGUCACAUCCUUCUCGCUUUCUGUUCUCCUGUAAGAGACUGUCCUGAAACUGGAGGAUGUGGAGAAAGUCCUGGCCCAUGUUCUCAAAGUUUUCCUGGAUUUUUCCUUUGGAAUGCUUUGUAGAAGGGUGAGGAUUGAGGUGGAGGGGCUCAGCCCCAGAACCCCAUCCUUGGCUCUAGGGUACAUUUCUGUAGCUCCCAUUGCCUCAUUCUACUUGAAUCAGUAUUAGCUAGCUGAGUCUGCUUUAUACAUAUGUCAAGGGCGGGGCCCCAUGUGCUUGAUCCUUUGUCCCCCUUGGCACAUUCCCUUUUUGUCUGAGAAUUACAGGGUUGCCAUUAAAAGAUUAUUUUCCUAUUCAUACAGUGAAAGAAAAAAAAAAAAACCUUUCCCUCACUGCCUCUUGUGCCCAGGUGGCUGUGCUUCCACUUUGGUGGUAAGUUUGAAGCCUCGGCCUAAUGCCCAGACAGGUGAAGGACCCAUCCGUAUUCCUUUCCAACAUAGGGUUGAUAAUAUCCCCCAACCCUGGAGAGGGAGGGACUGGUUCUUUUUCCCAUUUGAGAUAGCUUAAAGUAUCUGUGCGAGAUUGUGGGGUGGAAGAAUCACAAGGGCCAGGCUCACAAAGUGUUUCAGAGGCAAUUUUGCCAACAUAAGGGCUCUUUAAGGCCGACCUUCACAAAUGGAGCUGGCCUCAUUGGUUGGCCUCUGCCUCUUCAGAACCAACGUCGCCACCACUGUCAGAUUGUAGAUUGGUUAGACAUACCAUAUCCAGAGCUGGAUUCUGCAUACUCACUAACUCAGCUACCUUCCAGAAGGGAGAGAGGGAAGCCUGCUGUGUAUAAUCCAAACCCAAGGAAGAAAAGGGUUUGAGAAAGCCAAAGGCAUCAUGUGCUACAUGAGCUGUCUGACUCCAUUUGGCCUGUCAUCUACAAGGAGAGGAGGCCCAUGAGGGGAACCCUGAUCCCUGCCAACUUUACUCUUGCUGAGCCAAAGGUUUUCCACUCCCCCUCUGCUGGGGAAGCAAUUGAAGCCCAGGGCUUCCUUCCUGGGAAAUUGUCUUCUCUCCUGUCUUUUGGUGCGUUGGCCAUGUUACUGUGCCAAUAGUGUCUUAACUCUUGCCCCAUUUUCCCUCCCUAACCAGCCUUGGAACCCCAUAGAGGAGGCAGGGAAAAGACGGGUAUUAUUCCUUGCAAGUUGGUUUUGAUUUCAUGUAUGUAAAGAAUGCCCCAUUUUGUGUUUUUUCAUCCUAACAGGAUUGAAAUAAAACAUGCUUCUGUUUUGUAA